AGUUCCGUAUGUGUCUGUGUGCGUAGUUGUUUGCGUAGUGUCAGCUCUAGUUUCUCACCAGCAUAAGGUUACCCAAUGCUGACUUUAAUAGAUUAAGCCACUCUGAACUCAAAUGUAGAACAAGCAACAAGCAGAAACAACAGCCGGACAGGAGACCCCUCUCUCACGAGAGGUCCCAGCUCUGUUGAUUCUUCCUCAGUUUGUUCACCUUAACCUCAAAAUCAAAUGCAGAAGAGCAUUUGAAGUAUUGAACCAGUGAUUUUGUUGUAGUGAAGGUAGAAUUGGGCUGUUUUGUGAUAUCUGGGGCCACAUGACGGUCCAGGCUGGAAGGAUGGAGGUGGCGCUAGUCGACUUUGACAGUAUGGAAAAUAUUGACAACUGUAUGGACAACUUCAAUGACCCAGACUAUCCCAAUGAGAUGACGGCUUUGACAGUAGAAAUGCCAGAGUUUGGGCCUGGCAGCACCUACUGCAAUACUGCAAAAGUGUCACCAUAUAAAGAGAAGACCCCACCAAAUCUGGAUGUACCACAAUCACCUGUCCUGCCGCCUCACACGAGGAGAGGACGUGCUAGCUGUGCUAGUCUAAUUUCCAACUGGAAGUUACUUGUGAACAGUGAAGGAACACAAAGUGAGACAAUCUUCAGUAGACUGGCCAAAGAAUGCUACGAGGACUUGUUUGUUGAUAAGCGAGGUCUUGAUGAGGGUGAUCAGAAGGUCAUCAUCAACAUCGCCGGUCUUCGCUUCGAAACCCGCCUGAGGACCCUCAACCAAUUCCCUGAGACUCUUAUGGGCGACCCAAUAAAAAGAAUAGAUUAUUUUGACCCAAUGAGAAACGAGUACUUCUUUGACCGCAAUCGUCCAAGCUUUGAUGGGAUCCUCUACUACUAUCAGUCGGGGGGCAAGAUUCGCCGGCCUGCGAAUGUACCUUUAGAUGUCUUCUCAGAUGAGAUCACCUUCUACGAGUUAGGACAGGAAGCUAUGGACCAGUUCCGCGAGGAGGAAGGCUUUAUCAAAGAAGUGGAGGUCCCGUUGCCGUCCAAUGAGUUCCACAGGCAGUUCUGGCUGCUUUUUGAGUAUCCUGAGAGCUCAAAUGCAGCCCGAGGGGUUGCUCUCGUUUCCGUCUUCGUCAUCGUCAUCUCCAUCAUCAUAUUCUGCCUGGAGACUCUCCCAGAAUUCCGUGAGGAGCAGGAUAUUUUUCCAACUGUUGUUUUUUCCUUAAACCAAACGCAUCCCUCAGGUUCUCCUCCAAGCGCCUCCCCCAAAACCAUCACCAGCACCUUCUCCGACCCCUUCUUCAUCAUUGAGACCGCUUGCAUUAUCUGGUUCUUCUUCGAGCUUCUGGUGCGUUUUAUGGCCUGCCCAAGCAAACGAGAAUUUUUCAACAACAUCAUGAACAUGAUUGACAUUGUCUCCAUUAUUCCCUAUUUUGUCACUUUGAUUACUGAGAUCGUGACCACCACCCAUAAGUCCAACACAGGGCAGAAUAUGUCCCUGGCCAUCCUGCGAAUCAUUAGACUGGUGCGAGUCUUCAGGAUCUUUAAGCUUUCCAGACACUCCAAAGGCCUGCAGAUCCUGGGCCAGACACUCAAGGCCAGCAUGAGGGAGCUUGGGCUGCUCAUCUUCUUUCUCUUUAUUGGCGUCAUACUCUUCUCCAGCGCCAUCUAUUUCGCUGAGGUGGACGACCCCAACACCCAGUUUGUUAGCAUCCCUGACGGAUUCUGGUGGGCUGUAGUUACCAUGACCACUGUGGGUUAUGGAGACAUGUGUCCCAUUACACUAGGUGGUAAGAUUGUGGGCACUUUAUGUGCCAUUGCUGGGGUGUUGACCAUCGCCCUGCCAGUGCCUGUAAUAGUCUCAAAUUUCAACUACUUUUACCAUAGAGAGACAGAUCAGGAGGAGAAGCAGCCCGUAGCUGAGACAACCGAUCAAGCUUCAAAGUCAGGGAACAAUACAAAACAUGGAAGUAGUUCCUCUCUGAACAAGGCAAAUGGGAAGUAUUAAGUAUUAAAACCCAUAUCGAAACUUCAUUUUCAUGAGCAUAAAUCACAUUAAACAUCUGCAGGUCAUAUUUCACCCCAAAAUCAAGAGAUUAUACACUGCCCAGCCAAAAAAUAAAUAAAAAU